AUGCAAAAAAGAGAAGGCUCCUCUCUGAAGAUACAACUUUUGAGCUUUUCUCUGUCGAUAUUUCUCUUCUCCUGUACACAUUCACUUUCUCUCUCAUUUUCUAACAGCAUCCUCCACCUUUCCACAUCCUACCUUAAGCCUAGACGUUUGCCUUUUAUCAUCCGCUCGCCUGGUGCCAUCUUCUUGACAUUUUUCUGCCAACUAUUUUUUGCUCUUUUUAUUUUUUCUUGUUUCCAUUCUAAUAUUAUUUAUCACUUCUCUUUCUCUCAUUUAUACUUUCCACAUUUCUCUAUCUCACUCAUGCUUUCCACCUAUCUCUCUCUCUUUCAUACAUUCCACUUCUCCAUCUCUCUCUCUCAUACUUUCCAUUUUGUUCUCCCUCUCACAUAUGUUCCAUUUCUUUCUCUCUCACUUGUUCUAGCAUUAAAUAACCCAUUGAGGUUGAUAUGCCGUAAAACAAACCAAAUGAAACCAAACCAAAUCUCUCUCUCUCUCUCCACUCAUACUUUCUGUCUCUCUCUUUCACACAUACUUUCCACUCAUCCUUCUCUCAUUCAUACUUUACCCCUCUCUUUCCACUUCUUUCCCUCUCCCUCAUACUUUAUACUUCUCUCUCUCUCUCUCUCUCUCUAUCUCUCACACAUAAUUUCCACUUCUCUCUCUCACUCAUACUUUCCACUUCUCUUCUUCUCAUUCAUACUUUCCAUUUCUCUCUCUCUUUCAUUCAUACUUUCCACUUCUCUUUCUCUCUCUCAUUCAUACUUUCCACUUCUCUCUCUCACUCUGUCAUUCAUACUUUACACUUCUCUCUCUCUGUGUCACUCAUACUUUCCACCUCUCUCUCUCCCUCUCACAUUUACUUCCUUUUCUUUAUACAUCCUUUCUUUCCUUGAUGAUUUUUUCUUAGUAAUAUGCAUUUCUUUCUUUAUCACUUUUAGUCCAUUUUUCUUUUUUUUUCUUUCUUUUUCUUCUCUUAUUUUCUUUCUUUAG